GCCAUGAAGUCAUGCACUUGUUUUCAACUGAGUUUGGAAGUUAAAGGCACUGCUCCGCUCCAAACUCCCAAUCUCUCUCUCUCUCUAUACCAUAGUAAAAGACUCCCUCUGCCACCCCCAGUCUACUAGUCACCGUACAUAUACACACCACCACCUGCAGCUCCUCUCUCUCUCUCUCUCUCUCUCGCCAACCCACACAGUCCUCUGUUUUCACUACGUGGACUUACCUCAGCAUUUCUCCCUCUCCCUCUCUCCUUCCUUGAAAUAUGCAAGAUUAAUUAACCUUAAAACUCUGAGGAUGCUAACACGAAUUUAGCUGGACAAAAACACUAGCCACAACUCUAGAAACUUUUCUUCUAUUAGCACCAUCACCCUUUAUUUCUCUCUCUUUUCUUAACAAGAAUAAGUUACUUCUAGAAAGCAACUCGUUUCUCCAUUUUACACUCAACCCACAGACCUAUCUAUCAUUUCAUCUUCUUUUCCCCUACACGUGAACUCAUCAAGGUUGUUCAUUCUUGGACAACUUAUGUUUUUGAUUUAAAAAACACUGUUGGAGGGGUGAAUGGGGUGCAUGCUCUCUCAAUUAGCAGCAAAGUUUGCUUUCUUUCCUCCAUCUCCACCUACAUAUCAGAUUAAGAAGAGAGACAAUGGCAAGUUCUCUGUGGUCUCAACUUCUCCUUCUAUGCCACUUCCUCUUGCUGAUGAUAGUUCGUUAGAUAUACUCUUGAUUGAUACAAAGAGAGGCAACAAGAUUGUUGCUUUUUAUCUCAAAAACCCUUAUGCAAGACUCACUGUGCUUUACUCUCAUGGUAAUGCUGCUGACCUUGGCCAGCUUUAUGAUCUCUUUGUGCAGCUCAAGGUCAAUCUCAGAGUUAAUAUCAUGGGCUAUGACUAUUCUGGUUAUGGUGCUUCAUCUGGCAAGCCAAGUGAAUCCAACACAUAUGCUGAUAUAGAGGCAGUUUACGAGUUUCUUCAGACUCAGUAUGGAGUCAGUCAGGAAGACUUAAUUUUGUAUGGGCAGUCAGUUGGUAGCGGGCCAACAUUGCACUUGGCGGCGAAGUUGCCAAGGCUGAGAGGUGUAGUUUUGCACAGUUCCAUUCUUUCUGGUCUCCGUGUGCUCUGCCAUGUGAAGUUUACAUUUUGCUUUGACAUCUACAAGAAUGUAAACAAAAUUCGGAAGGUGAAGAGCCCUGUUCUAGUGAUACAUGGCACAGAGGAUGAUGUUGUGAACUGGUUACACGGUGAUGGGCUGUGGAAAAUGUCAAAAGAACCGUACGAGCCUUUAUGGAUUGAAGGAGGAGGGCACUGUAACUUGGAACUGUAUCCUGAUUACAUCCGCCAUCUCAGCAGGUUUAUAUACGAAAUGGAGAAUAUAACCGCAGAGAUCCAUCUCCAAAAGAUCAGGCAGAAUCUCCGUAUAAAACCUAGGUCUGAGAAUGCUUCCAACAAGUGCUGUGGGUUCAAACUGUGGCGACCUAAAUGCUCAGAAUGUUUAAGAUCCAGGUGCAUAAAAUGCUGGUGGCGUCCCAAGUGCACACAAAGCCGGAGACCCAAAUGUUCAAGUUGUGUUGCAUGUUGCUGGCGACCCAGAUGCCCUAAAUGUCCAAUACACGGUUGCUGCUGCAGAAUAAGUUGUGCGCCAUGGAGAUGCUAUUUGGGAAAACACAGUGGGAUAAAUGGAAAGCAGGAUGGCUGACAAUGUUAAUCAGCAUGGUUGUAUAGAUUGCUGAAUUCACAAACACUUCUAAUCUUGUGCGUUAGUGUCCAAAACAUGGGGAAGUAGUGUGAUAUGUUUAUUAGAAAAGAUAUUAUUGGAUGUUGUUCUUGGUAUGCUCUUGCAUGGAAAUGAAGAUUUUAUACUAAGAUUUUUCAUGAAA